CCAUGACAAACCAGUUACAAAUAUUUGUCCGUCCGGAGCUCCAAAAUUUCUGAAUUUUUGAAAGGUUCCGCCUCGCAGGAUGCUUUUUCCGCCAGCUUGCCUUCCGUGAAACCUUGUUAGAGCCUUUAUGGGCUUACCGCCAAGUCAUCGCCCUCGCCGUGCCAUCGUUCGUAAUGUGUCACCGGCAAAGUCACAACUUCGUGCGGGACAUCUUGGUUCCGGAGGGUGCUCCAUCACUUACGCCGAAGUUCUACAUCCUGCCGGAGGUGAACAGGCAGCAAAUCGAGGAUGUACAGCGAGGAGUUUGCCAAUACCGACGGCAUUUUAAGGCAGCUGAGACAGGCUGUUCCCCUGUCGGCGCGGAGCGAGUCCAUCACCUGGCUGACGCCGUGCAACUGUCUGCCCAUCUGGAGCCGGCGGCUGACCCGCAACGCAGAGGGCAGACGGCGGCACUCCGGCGAUACUCAGUGCCGGAACUUCGAGGUGGAGAUGGCGGACAGGCUGUGGUCGCUGUGGGGCGGUCUGCAUCCGAGGGCUCCCUGGUUCGACGCGAAGGUGCGAGGUCGCCAGACGCUGGCGUGCUGCGUGGUGGCCUGCUGUGUGGCCAGCACAUUCCGCCGCCUUGGCGAGUGGAGCGGGAAGCUGCUCGACGCGAUCGUGGUUGACGGGGACCGCUACUACCGCGCCAGCGUGGAACAGAGCGAGCGCUGGGACCAACAGCUGGGGGUGGACGAUUUGGGCAGCGAGUGCGCGUUUCAGGACCUGCGAUUCCUGGUGCAAACGGAGCUGGUGGCCUUCGGACUUGUGUACAGCGCACCAGCCAGCGCCGCCAUGAGUCUGCUGGAGAGCCUCAACUACUUCUUCACGCGAUACCAGUGGGGAAUCCUUGAGUGCCAGGAGCGGCACUUCGCCUUCGGGCACAGCCCCAGCCGCGAUGGAGGCUACUUCCUCUUCGACUGCUCUGCGUGGGGCAAGCCUGUUUUCCCGGACGACAUGGGCGCCGCGUACGUGCUGGUGGCCAAGCAGCUGCAGAUGCUGCUCUACUGUGCUGUGGUCACGCUCAAUGUGCGACGCCGAAAUGUCGAGUUCCGGCUUUACAACGUGGACAUGGCCCGCAAGCCCAGCGACCCCCGGAAACACUACCACGAUCCCACAGACGAAACCUUAUCUACAUAGGCUUCGUAUUAUCUACGAGCUUUGCUGUACGACGGACAAAUAGAUAGAUGGAUCUGAAACCAAUACGGUACUAGUUAAGUUCAUGCUUAAGGGAUUAUUAUUUACGAAGUUUGCAUCGCAGUGAUAUAGUCAUGGCUACCCUGUAAAGUAAAUAUCAGGGACAGUAAAGAUUAUAGUUAUACCCGCUA